AUGGCGUCUUCAUCCAGCGAACGCACCAUCACCACCGCCUCCGGCGUACCUCCGGUGGCCGUCAACUCCCUCACGGCGGCUCACCAUUUCGUGUCCACACGGCUAACAAUGCGGAAUUAUCUCUUUUGGCGCACACAGUUAGUGCCCUUCCUCCGUGGCCAAGGCCUAUUAGGCUACAUCGACGGUCGUAUUCCGUGUCCUCCGGCGACCGUCGUCGUCUCCUCCACCGGCGACUCCAGUACCACGACAUCAACAACCACCGCCAACCCGGCUUAUGAAGCAUGGAUCCAGCAAGAUCAAGCGAUACUCUCCACGAUCGUCUCCUCCUUAUCCGACAAGGUUAUGCACCUCGCUGUCGGCAAGGAGACAUCUCGGGAGGUCUGGGAAGCGAUCGCGGCGACAUACGCCUCCUCCACUCCCGCUCGCUGCCUAAGCCUUCUCGGGCUGUUUCAGACGCUUCGACAAGGCCCCGGCUCUCCGGCUGAGUACCUGGGUAAGUGCCAGAUGAUCGCUGAAGCGUUGUUCCUCGCCGACAGACCUCUUUCGCCGGACGAGCAAAUCCUGUACGUUCUCCGGGGGCUCAGACCGGAGUUCCGUACGAUGGCUAACUCCCUCACCGCGUCUGGUGUGACGGUUUCGCUGUCUCAGCUCUCUGAUUUCCUCCAAGCGUAG